AUGGACGGUAGGGACGAAAGACCAAGCUGGCCGGAGACCAAACUUCCUCGUCUGGAGGUUUUCAAUGAGCGCAAGUUCCAGUUCGGUCCGGAUGCGUUGGACGAGAUACAGGCUCAGUUUAUCGAGGCGCGUCGACAGUGGGAGUGGGAACUAGAUCCCCGAGAUCGGCAAGCUGCCGUGAAGGAAAUUCGGGACUUAUGUGAAGAGAUUUUCGCCACGACGAGAACAAACAGAGAGAAGAAGCGGCACCAAGUCAGGAUUGAUAAGUUGGGUCGUCAUGAUGGAAAGCGCCUCAGGAAGCACGAGAGUGUCGCUCGAGAUGCACUAGCGCAGCAAAAUGUGCUUGCGCGUACAGCGACUGCAUCUAUAGGCAAGAUAGACAGGGGCACCGGGCGCCGCCUGAGCCGCACCGGCAGCGGAGGUCGCAUGCCUCGGAUGUACAAUUUCGAAAAGCGAUACAAGGGCCUUCUCGCGUCUCAGUGGUCUUGA